AUGGAGUUGGAGGAAGAGAGAAGGAGAGGAAAGAGAAAGUCUUCAUCAUCAUCAUCAUCAUCAGCAGCAGCAGCAGCAGCUCUAAUAAACAAUCUUGACGAUGGCUCUCUCAUGCACAUCUUCAGCUUCCUCUCUCCUAUCCCAGAUCGGUAUAACACCGCCCUGGUUUGCCACAGAUGGAAAUACUUGGCAUGUCAUCCUCGACUGUGGUUGCGAGUAGAUCGAUCUGUCACAGAUUUAUCAGAGCCUGGUGCUUUUCCCAGCAUUGAGACAGCUGUUGCUGCUGCAAGGGCCGGCGACACAAUUCUAAUUGCAGCUGGUGGGAAGCAUUUGGCCUCUAAUAUUCAAAUUAAAAAACCGCUUUGCCUGAUCGGUGGAGGUGAGCUGCCUGACGAGACGACUCUCAUCUGUUCUCGAGGUUCAGACAGUGCAUUGGAAUUCCUGUCUACCUGCAAACUAGCAAACUUAACCGUUAAGGCCGAGCUUGGCUGCUGCUUGCUUCAUAGAAGUGGAAGGCUUACAAUUGAUGAUUGUGUGCUUCAGUGCGAGUCAAAUCCCUUGGACUUCCUAUCUUGUCCCAUCGUGAGCACAGCCAGUGGCCAGGUGUUCUCUUCCUCUAUGAAGAAAUACCAUAGAGACAGUGUUUCGGUUUCUCAAACACGAAUCGAAGGCGGCGCCAAGGCCGUAUCAACAAGUGGGGACCUCGCAUUGCAGCGAGUUAGAGUAAUUUAUGCUCGGACUUCUCUCUUUUUCUGGUUCGACAUGGAACAUCAAUGAUGUCUUGUAUUUGUUGUUGGGUCUGUGUAACAUUAUCUUACCAUUUGAACCGUGUUUAUAUUGUUGUAGUAAUAGAUUCAAUUGUUUCUCAGAACUCUCAAUUUUAUAUUCACAGGGAAAGAAAAAGACGCGUCUGUGUGUUAAGAGUUCUUUUAGAUGCAAUUGUAGAUAACCAUUCUUUCACCAGCCAAAAAAAAAAAAAAAAAAAA